UCAUGGCCGCUGCUCUCUGGGAAGCAUCUCACGCCGCCGCCCUGCUGAUGCCGAAGCCGCGUUACGGGGCGGCGGCCGUUCCUCUGCGGUGCCGUUAGCGCCCCGAGUCCCGCUCGCUAUUUCUGGUGAAGAACCGAAAAAAAGGUGCUCUUGCAUCACCACUCCGGCGGCGCUGGGCCGGCUCUCUGCGGCUGGACGGCGUGUCUGUGUCACCCUUCAUCCCUGCCUUCUUCGGCGGCGUUCGGGACGACGGCGGCGGCAGCAGCUCGACGUGACGCCCCGGCGCGGAUGCGGCAGCCCCCCGGCGAGUGCGAGAUGGCGCUCAGCGGCACGCUCCUCCCCUCCAUCGCCACCUUCGCGGCGGGCGCCGCGGGCCGCGAGAAAGCGGUGCGGCCCGCGGGCCCCGGCAACCGAUGGCGGGAGGAGCUGUCACAGCUGAAGCGGCCGCCGCCGGCGCUGGCGACACAGCCCGUGGAGGCGCCGCCGUCGGAGCUGGAGUCCGCACCCGCUCUGGGGCCGCGCCGCGACGCUGAUGAGUUCAACGAGCUGCUGGACUUCGACUUCAUCCUCUCCAAUUCACUCAUGCACCAAGAGCCUGCCGCCGCCGUCGUGGUGGCUCCCGCCGCCUCGGCCCCUGCUGCCAGCCCCUGCCCCUCCGGGCCCUUCGCCUACCCGCUACAGCGGCCCGAACCCACCGGCCUUCUCUACGGUGGCGGCUGCAGCCGCGACGGGACUCCCGCUGCCCCCUUCAACCUGGCCGAUAUCACCGACGUGUCCCCCUCAGGAGGCUUCGUGGCUGAGCUCAUGCGGCCCGACCUGGACCCGGUGUACCUGCCGGCGCCGGCGGCGCUACCGGCCCUGAGUAGCCUGCAGGGCAAGUUUGUGGUGAAGGCCGUGGGCGAGUACAGCCACCCGGGGCUCAGCCCCAAAAGCGGCCCCUCAGCUGCCGCGACACAGCCUAAUACAGAGGGCCCCGGGGCCCCAUACAGCCCCUUGCCGCGGAUGUGUCCCAAAAUCAAGCAGGAGGCCGCCCCGCCAUGCACACUGGCACCACCACCACCACCGCAUGGGAGCGGUCCCCGAGGAGCCCCACAACAUGACUUCUCUCUGGGCCGCCCGCUGUCUGCCCGGACUACACCGUCUCUGGGGCCUGAGGAGAUGCUGAGCAGCAGAGACUGUCUCCCUGCUGCCCCAGGUUUGAGCCACCCACCGCUGCCACUGCCUCCAGGGUACCCUCCAGCACCCGGUUACCCCACUUUCCUGCCUGAGCAGCUGCCACCACCCACACUUCAGUACCAAGAGCUAAUGCCACCGGGAAGUUGCUUGCCUGAGGAGACCAAACCCAAGAGGGGACGGCGCUCAUGGCCUAGGAAAAGGACAGCCACACAUACAUGUGACUACGCAGGCUGUGGCAAAACCUACACCAAGAGCUCUCAUCUCAAGGCACAUCUGAGAACCCACACAGGUGAGAAGCCUUAUCACUGUGACUGGGAAGGCUGUGGAUGGAAGUUUGCCCGAUCAGAUGAACUUACUCGUCACUACAGAAAACACACAGGCCACCGCCCUUUUCAGUGCCAGCGGUGUGACAGAGCAUUUUCCAGGUCGGACCACCUUGCCUUACACAUGAAAAGGCACUUUUAAUUGGAAGCAACAGAUCUUUCCCCAGCUGCCACAGAGAUUCAGUAUUUACAGCACAAGGACUGACUUCUGCAAAAUGGGGAGAGCACAGUUUAAGCACUACAGAUAAUUGAGGUGAAGUCUUCCAAAGAGUGGAAAAGAGGGAUAAUUUCACAGACAUUGCAACUCCUGUGUUUUUUUAUACAUAUACACUUACAAGAUAACCAAAACAUUGGGGUCAAUGACUGGAUCUUCUAUCAUUCCAUUUGUAAAUCCAACUUGAAUUAUUUCCGGACUGCAGAAUGCCAAGGAGUGACUGGAAGUCACACAUAUCAGGGUUAAACAGACUGUGUGUAGUUCGGAGGGUGGGGAUAUUACACAGGGAAAUGAUGUUCCCUUAAUUUUCUUUCAAUGCAAUAUUAGAUGUAAAUGUCAUCUUGUACUUUCCUCUUUUUUUCUUCUAAAAGCCAUUACAAUGUUAAAAGAAGAAGAAAAAUUCAGGUACAGAAUUAUAAUUUUAAAAGCCUAUUUCAUGGUGCUUAGUGACUGUUGGUUCUAGAGGUACCAAAAACAGGAAGCCAAAGUUCUCAAACUGCUGCAUAUCUGACAAGGAAAUUUUUGUCUUCCGAUUGCCAAUUAUGACCUAAAUCAGGUGAAUAAGCCUGGUUUAUUUUUUUUUUAAGAAAAUAACUUUAUGCAGACAGUCUGUAAUGCACUGUGGUUUCAAUGUGCAAUAGUUUGUACAAUGGUUUAUUCCCAAAUAUGCCUUAAGCAGAACAAAUGUUUUCUAUAUAGUUCUUUACUUAAUAAAUAUGUAAUAUAAAUUUAAGCAAACUUUUAUUUUGUAUAUUUGUAAAGUAUAAAGUGAAAAUGAACAUUUUGUUGGAAUUUGUAUUUUGUGUAUUCAAGUGGAAAAUAAGUUUAAAAUAAAC